CAGACGGAAGCGUUCUCGUAUAUUUCGACCCGCUUGCGAAGUUUUCGUGUGCGUCUAGCCCCCUUUUUUGUGACUGACCUCUGUGACCGUUGGUACUCUGUGAUCAGUGGUGUGAAACCCAUUUUGUUGGAACUUAUACCGUAUACAAAGUAUGAGAAAGUCACACCGCUGCAGAUAGGAUCAAUACGUUGAAGUGAAAAUCACGAGAACAACACAAACCCCGUAAGUCAUGUGUGAGAACCUUGUCUCCGAACACGGACACGAAUCGGUGUAGCAAUAAUCGACAAGAUAUUCCCAAAGUGUUUAGUAACAUGGAUUGUGUAGUUUGUUAACGCGAUUUUGGUACAGUUAAACAUCGACUCAUCGUGACGUGACUUGAGUAAAAUUGUAAACAAACAGCAAGUGUGUCAACCGAGCAGUGCAUCCGAAAUAUCUGGGUCGAAUGGCUUUCCUGUCCGAGUAAUUAACGAUAAUGACAAUUUCCAUGGAUCACAAAAGCCACCGGAAAAAUUCUUGGGAUUCCAAGAUGUCUGUCAGUACUGUAAGCUCAAUAAGAGGAACCAGGAACUUCAGAAGAUCGCCGAGCUCAAUCCUAUCGUCGGAUUCCGACAUAAGGUUCACGAGGAAGAAGCUUUCGGCUCAAACACGCUGCGGUUGCAUAAUUAUAGCGAUAUUCUUGCUAUUUUUAUUGUUAGCCGCCGUUUCAGUCUACGUAGGAUAUACAUAUUUAAUGCCCGAAUAUCCAGGGGAACAAAUCUACAAAGGAACAUUUAGGGUUAUAGAAGGCGAUUCGUUUCUACCAGAAUUGGCGGAUCCCAGUUCAGAUAAAUUUAAAGCAGUAUCGAGAGACUAUAUGGAAAGACUGAAUUUAUUAUUUAGAAGGAGUUACGUCAAACACGGUUAUUUGGGAACCGACGUUUUAGCUUUAGAUGGAACGGAAGGUAAAGACCUGAUAGUUCAUUUCGACCUUCGCAUAGACCCGUCGUACGUCCAUAUUAAAGCGGAUGAUCUCUAUGGGAUAUUGGCCAACGAAGUAUCGGUUACCGAAUCCUUGUUCUUCCAAAACAUUACAAUAGAUCCAAACAGUUUGGAUAUGAAACCUGCCGAUGCUCUUCCUCAGGUUUAUGCUACAACUUUGCCCACAAUUAUCACGACGCUAGCAGUAACCCAAACCCCAGCAGAUGCUCCUAGAACGUGUACACCUUUGCAGUUAAGAUACUGCAGCAAACUGGGAUAUAACGUCACUACAUACCCCAACGUGUUAGAACAUAAAAGUAUUAGAGAUGUAAGGGAACACGUGAUCACUUUUAGGGAACUGGUUGAUGCCGAGUGUUACCGCCAUGCAUAUGAAUUCGUCUGUCAAAUUCUUCAGCCGCCCUGCGAAGAACACGAAGAAUAUUCGGCCGAGAUGAUCCUGCCAUGCCGUAGUUUCUGCAGAGAGUUCAUGUCUGGGUGCGGAAGUCGUCUCAAUGAAAAAUUCAAAAAUCUCAUAGAUUGCGGUCGAUUUCCGGAAUUUUACGGCGAAGGCACUUGCGUCACGAAACCGGGAUGCGUCGAAGAAUUGCAAUCUCGAGCGUUGUCUCCACGCAUCUGCGACGGCGUCCUAGACUGUCAGGACCUCUCAGACGAAACGUCGUGCUCCUACUGCCCUAAAAAUCACCUUCACUGCGGCGUAGGUCGAGCGUGUAUUCAGCAGAGUCAAAGGUGUGACGGCAAAGAAGAUUGCCCGGAUGGUAGCGACGAAAGAGCGUGUCUUAAUUUGCAUCCCAGUACCAAGGACUUAAGCAACAUGUCUGCCGUAAGUCUUCACCGAACAUCGUAUCACCCCGAAGGGUACGUUACGGUUAACGAAAAAGGGGUGAUUGAAAAAUUGUGUACCGAAAAUCUAAACCGCAGUUUAUCACGCAAUCGCACUGAACAAGUUCUUCGGACGCUUUCGUCUUCAUUGUGCAAGAUGUUAAACUACCAGGAUGUCCAAGAACACAAUGUAGUGAAAGAUCACGAAUCGGACGUUUCGUAUGUAAAAAUGAGAGAUCCACUGGCGCAAGAAUUAAAUUUCGUAAAAAGCAAAUGCGCAUCCAAACAAGUCCUUAAAGUCACCUGCGAUGAACUAGAAUGUGGAAUUCAGAACGCCGAAAACUCCAAAUCAAACAACGUAUUGCCCAAAAUGGCAUCCCACGGCGAUUGGCCAUGGCACGUGGCACUGUUUAAGGAAGACGUCCACAUUUGCGACGGAGUGCUGUUGUCUCCGAAUUGGAUUGGAACAACGGCAUCUUGUUUCCAGGGACAACCCAAAGCCGAAUGGAUCGCACGUUUUGGCGCUGUCCGCUUGAUGUCCACGGCCCCCUGGGAACAAGAACGGAGGAUAAUAGGAAUGGUAAAGUCGCCAGUGGAAGGGAGCACUAUAGCUCUGGUGAGAUUAGAUCAGCCUGUAUCCUAUAACGACUUCACUAGGCCUGUGUGUUUACCCGAAGAAAAUGUGCCUUUGUCUUCUGCCAUUCAGUGUAACACUCUGGGAUGGGCCAGAAAUCGGGAACAUCUUCAGCGGGUUCAAGUUCAAGUUGUCGCUAUGGAAAAAUGCGAAAACGUCAGCAUAUCGAACGUGAAUAGUUUUUGUACCGAAACCAUUCACGGCCAAAACGAUUGCAACGAAGAAGAGUUUGCCGGAAGCUGUAUGGUCUGCAGACUGCCUAACACCAGGAAAUGGACCCUGGUCGGAAUCACAAACUGGAGGAUCGCCUGUACCAAAAACGGAACCGAAAGGCCUCGAAUGUACGAUAAAAUAUCCUCGAAUGUUGAUUGGAUACGAGAGACAAUAUCCAGCUCCAACAAUACUUAAAGUAACAGUGCCAAAUGUAAAUGCGAAUGAUUCCUGUUUUUAUGUGUUUUUUGUUGGAUGAGGAUGAUAACACGAGUGCGUACGAAUGUUCGUGUCAAAGCGCAUGAUAAAAUACUUAACGAAAGCAGAAUAACAAUAAAGUUGUUUAUAUCGAAUGUAGAUUUUAAAUGUUUUCGACGUCUUUUCGUCUUGCGGUAAAAGCUUUAUUAAACUACUGUAUAUUAUAUUUUAAUAAAAUG